AUGGGUGGGGGCGAUCUCAACAUGAAAAAGUCGUGGCAUCCUCUCCUGCAGGUUAACCAGGAGAGGGUGUGGAAGCGCGAAAAGGAAGCAGUCGAGGAACGCAAAAAGCUCGAGGAACUUCGUCGCGAGCGAGAGCAGGAGCGCGAGAUGCAAGAGCUUCAGCGCUUGCAGGAGGAGGCUGGCGGCAAGAAGCGUGUCGAUAGAGUCGACUGGAUGUAUGCCACUCCUGCCACCACAGGGUCCAACUCGGCGGCGGAGAUGGAGGAUUAUCUCUUGGGCAAGAAGCGCGUCGACAAGCUUCUUCAAGCAGACGAGAACAAGGACGUCUCGAAAACCAGCCAGAAGAGCCUCAUUUCGCUUCAGAACGCCAAUUCCGCUCGUGACCUGGCUGCGAAGGUGCGCGAAGAUCCCAUGUUGGCCAUCAAGCAACAGGAGCAAGCAGCGUAUGAGGCUUUGCUCCGUGAUCCAGCCAGAUUGCGCCAGCUCAAGAUGCAGGCCGGCAUCGACGUCGACACGGAGAGCAAGGAAGAGCGGCGACGUAGGAAAGAAGAGAAGCGGCGCAGGCAUGACGAGGAUCGGCAUCAUCGACACGAAUCACGUCGGGGCGACUCCCGCUCGCACCGUCAUCGAGACGAUCGAGGCUGCAGCGACUAUGCUUCGAGUCGUGGGAGCCGUGGUGAAGGGGAGUCUUCGCGGCGUAGAUACGAUGACGACGAGUCUCGCUCGUCCAAAAGGCGCCGGGAUGACGACGAUCGCCGACAUCGUGAUGCACAGGAAUCUCGGUCCGCGCACCGCAGAAAUGGCGACCGUCGGGACAGAACGGAGUACGACGAUACGAGAACCCGACCACGACGAUCCCGCAGUCGCAGCCGCAGUCGCAGUCGUUCACCACCUGCCCGCAACUCGAAUCAGCCUCCCAGUCGUGACCGACCCAACUACACCCGCCCACCAAUCAACGGAUCUACCCGUGAUCGUGACCAGGACGACAAGCGUCAGGAAGAGAUCCGCCAGCAAAGGUUGCGAGAGAUGGAGCAGAAUGCAAAGUCGAUGGAGGAACGACGGAGCUCUUACGUUUCAAAGAUCAACGCCGAGGAGGCCGAGCAGGAGCGCAAGGAAGCUGAGCUGCGUCAAAAGCUGCUCGAUGCGCGGUCAAAGGGGCACGGCGACGGUAGAGGAGGCUUCAUCAUGGAUCAGCAGCGAAAGACAUUCGGUGAUAACGUCGAUCUUGCCGAGCGGAUGAGGCGCGACCGAGGGAGGUUGCAGCAGAUGGAUUGA